AUGCCAGGUUUCAAACCCACAGCAGUGACGGGCAAGAUAUACAGAGUCAGCGAAAGUAACCACUCGGCCAAGGAUGACUCUUGUUUUGUUAAGAGAGGCGGAGAAACUCAUUUAUCCUUUGAUGUAGAUGACGAUAUCUUAAACAUUGAUGGUUUCGAUACGGUUUUUCGAAAAGACAAAAGUGCGCACUCCGGAGGCCUUUUAAUGUACACUUCGUCUUCACUGCGGCCAAAACGAUUACUAGAAUUGGAAGGUUUCUUACCGGAAUCAAUGUGGAUAAAUGUCAAAGACCACAAGAAAUCCUUUUUAAUUUGCACGCUAUACAGACCACCGAACUCACUUGUUGAUUUUUGGGAUAGAAUUAAUACUUGUCUUGAAAAAGCGGCCGAAAUAAAUAGUAACAUUAUAAUGGUAGGAGAUGUAAAUGAAGACCAACUCAAUGCAGCAAACCAUAAAUUUCGUGACAUUCUUACAUUGAAUAACAUGAACAAUAUUAUAAAUGAACCAACAAGAGUAACAAGUCAUUCUAGCACACUUAUCGAUCCGAUUGCAAUAACAAAAGAUAUUCAUUACUUUGACGCAGGAACUUUUGAAACUGACAGGGAUAUAAGUGAUCAUUUUGGUACCUACGUUCACAUUAAGAUUGAUCUACAGUUAAAUUCAUCUUACAAAAGACAAGUAUGGAAUUACAAAAAUGCAAAUUUUGAGCUAUUUAAUACUCUUAUAAGUAAUACAGACUGGUCAUUUUUAAAUCAUGGUAGUUUAGAUAAUGCGGCUGAUUCUUUUGUUGAAAGAUACAUAGAUCUUGCAAAACUUUGUAUUCCAACAAGUUUAGUAACAGUCCGUCCCAAUGACAAACCUUGGUAUACUUCUGAAAUACGAAAACCUUCACGUCAGCGUGAUCGACAAAAACGUAUAGCAAUAAAUUCUAACAAAGUAUCUGACUGGAAAAUUUAUAAAAAUCUCAGGAACAAAGUCAAUAAUAUGAAAAAAUAUGCAAAAGAACAAUUUUAUAACUCUAUAGAAUUUUCACUGAAUGAUUUAAGUUCUUCAAAUCCUCGCCAGUAUUGGAAACUUGUUAAAACCUUAAUGAAAGAAAAUUCGGUAAAAAGUGAAAUCAUUCCACCGUUAUUAAACAACGAUAAUACUUAUUCAACGUCAGAAUAUGAUAAGACGAAUACGCUUAAUGACUUCUUUGUCGCUGUUUCUAAUGUUGAUGAUUCUAAUACAGAUCUUCCAGACUUCAGAUUAAAAACUGACUCUACAUUAGAUAAUCUUGUUAUUACAGAACAAGAAGUGAUAGAUGUACUAUCAAACUUAAUGGUUAAUAAAGCAAGUGGCCCGGAUCAAAUUAGUCAUCGCAUGUUAAAAGGAACAGCGUCAACUAUUUACAAACCUCUGUACGUGGUUGAGUUGGACUGUUAUUUACAUGUGCACCAACCCUCCAUUGAAGAAAGAGUGACGAAGGUAGUCUGUUCUGCAGUAUGGGAUGAUGUAGCCCACCGUGUGGCCUCUCGUCGCAACAGUUGCGGUGCGGAGGAACGGGGAUGCAGGGAUGUCUACGAGGCAGUGGAUGACGCGGUACAACAUAACUAG